AUGGCUGCGACGCCGGGGCUGCUCCUCUGGCUGCUCCUGCUCGGGUUUUCCGGGCGGGUGCGGGGCCAGCAGGAUCUGGGCCCCGGCCGACGCUUCGCAGAGCACAAACUCUGCGCGGACGACGAAUGCAGCAUGUUAAUGUACCGGGGUGAGGCCUUAGAAGAUUUUACAGGACCGGAUUGCCGUUUUGUGAAUUUUAAAAAAGGUGAACUUGUUUAUGUCUAUUAUAAACUGGAGGGAAGAUGGCCUGAAGUUUGGGCUGGAAGUGUGGGACCUACUUUUGGAUAUUUUCCAAAAGACUUAAUCCAAGUUGUCUACAAAUAUACUAAAGAAGAGUUACAAGUUCCGGCAGAUGAGACAGAUUUUGUUUGCUUUGAUGGAGGAAAAGAUGAUUUUGAUAAUUAUAAUAUAGAAGAACUGUUAGGGUUUUUGGAAUUGCCUGAUAGUACAACUGGAGAUUCUUGGAAAACUGUAAAAAAAUCUCAGCAUGUGGGAAAAUCUCCUGAAGUAUCUGAGGAAAGUGAUCCUGAACUUGAAAUAGAAGACUUCAACUCAGAGGAAAGCAAAAAUCUACUCUUUGAAAAUAAUAAGGAACUGAAGGACAGACAUGAGGGCCAAAUGAAACAGCCCCACAGCAACAGUCAAGCCCAUCAUGCUCAAGGAGAGAGGUCCUUUGAAGAAAUUUUGCAUGAUCAAUUAAAAGUUUCAGAAAGUGAAAACAACAAAACCAGCAAUAGUUCUCCAGUCUCAACUGAACAGGAGAAGAUCGACGCUUACAAACUCCUGAAAAAAGAAAUGACUCUGGACUUGAAAACCAAAUUUGGUUCAACUGCAGAUGCAUUGGUCUCUGAUGAUGAGACAACCAGACUGGUUACUUCUUUAGAAGAUGAUUUUGAUGAGGAAUUGGAAGCAGAUUAUUACACAGUUGGGAAGGAAGAAGAGGAGAGUCAAGAAGACUUCGAUGAACUACCAUUGCUAACCUUUACACAUUUAGAAGAAAGGGAAACUCCAGGGGAACGGGGAAUGGAGAUAUACUCAAUAGACAAAGAGCAGAAUCCGAGUCAGGGGGAUAUGGUUAGGGAAACUCAGCUCUCUGGCAUCAAAAAUGACCCUAAACCUAUUUUAACAACGUUGGAGGACACUAUUAUCUCUGGGACUACAGGGGGUGAAGACAAAACAGGUAUGGAUUCAGAGCAUUCUGAUACAGAGCAAAGGAAGGAAGGGGCAUAUGCAUUAACCCCAGAGACCACAUGGGGGAAACCAUCAUCAGCGAGUGAUGACCUUGACCCCGAAAAGUCAGGAGAUGCCCUUUUGGUUGUGGAAGUCUCUAAGACAGAUAAUAACAAAGAACCAGAAACAGACACAGAAAUCCACACUGAAGGAAAGAAAGUGGAAUCCAAGAGGAGCCUCGUGAAAGAUGAGACAGAGGCUGAGAUGAAAGAAGGUGCCACCAUGCCCAGUUUUACUCAAAGAAACAACCAAAACUCUUGGGCAGCCCCUGGAAAGGGCAAAGAAACAUUAAAGCCAGACUUUGAUAACAAAGAAGGCGAUCUGAAGAUAGCAGUUGUUCAGAUCUCAAAGGAAAUGCUCAGGGAAGAAAAACCUGGAGAGCAGAUUUCAGGAGGAGGCUCAGAGAGCAAAUUGACACCUGAGGCCACAGGGAAGCAACUGAAUGGAGAAAAGAUGAACCAGGAACCUAUGGAUGCUGCACCUCAUGGGGGAGAUAGUCAGCAUAAUGCAUCUCAAGACCUUGUGCAGGAAGUUGCUGUGGCAGGAAGUGGACCAAAGGCACACCCACUUUCAGAGGUGCAUCCUGGUGAGGCAUUUAAAGAAGAACGGCUUCUGCAAACCCAAAAUCAACCCCGAUUCUCCUCUCCAGAUGAAAUUGGUUUUCCAAGAGAGCUGGAAGAAGGGGUUCCCAUUUGGGGAAGAAAUCUUUCUAGGCAUCAGGAACGAGACGUGGCUGCUACAAAUGAUUCACACAUGGAUGAGAAGACGAGUCUCUCGAAGGACGAGGGGUGGGAGGAGGCUUCUGAUGGAGAGUCUUUUCUUCCUAGUCCAGGGUCUGGUACAUGGGCUGGAGAUGCUACAGGCCUUGCUGUAGGUGUAGGGGUGCCAGGACUCCCUCUUGAAGAACCAGGAGCAGAAGAUGAUGACCCCCCUGAAGAACUCUUGGAGGAUGAAAAUGCCAUAAGUGCAAAGCAGGCCCAAGCAAAACCCCGUGGGGUGCAGGGCAGCAUGUUAGCUGUCAACCUGCAAGUCCCGGACAGAGCUACUGUAGGCACUGUUAACACUGACCCAGACACUGAAGAAACCAAAGAAACUAGUGUGAUUCUGGAAAGGGAAAGAAAAAGUGCAAAUGGGGACAAGGAUACAGAACUGGUAGGCAGGGGACUGGGUAGUAUGGUGGCUAAAAAAGAAAGCCGUUCUGUGGGUGAAGAAGCCCAGAGCCCCCCUGAAGUCAGUGCCUCUCCUGAUAUGAAGAAAAAUGGGACUCCAGAGCUAGGGGAACUGUUUAAGGAUAAAGACUCUACUUAUUUUCAAGAAGACAACCCCCAGGACCUCCCAAAGACUUCCAAGCUCCCUCAGAAGCCUGGGCCAGAAGACCUUUCAAAGGAGGACCAGACAGUCUCAGAGGAGAAGUUGAUGGGCACAGAAAGCCAGGGGUCUGCUACUGAGGAGCAUGAGGAGGACCUGUCCCACUGGACCCCACAUACAGAGGCAAAGCCAGAGCGUAGUGAUGGCAUGAAAGGCUUGCCCAUAAUAGGCAGUUUCUUUAAAGACCAACAGUCUUUGCAAAGGUUCCAAAAGUACUUUGAUGUCCAUGAGCUAGAAGCCAUGCUUCAAGAAAUGUCAGUAAAGCUGAAGGCAGCACAACAGGAUAGCUUGCCUUAUAAUGUGGACAAAGUCCUAGAAAAGGUCUUUCGGGCUUCUGAGUCACACAUCCUGAACGUAGCAGAGAAAAUGCUUGAUGCCCGUGUCACAGAAAAUGGAGACGUAGGAGUGAAGGAAAAUACCAUCUUUGAAGAGGCAGCUGUGCUAGAUGAUAUUCAGGAUCUGAUCUACUUUGUCAGGUACAAACAAUCCACAGUGGAGGAGACGGUGCCACUGGCAACACCACAGGCUCCAGACGAUAACUGGGGUGCACCCCUGGAAGAGCUCCAAGCACCACUUGAAGAUACCAUCCCACAUGAUAAAACAGAAGAGCUUAACAUACAGACUCCCGGGGACCCCAGCCGUAGGGAUCAGCCAGUGACCAGUGACACCGGGACCUCAGAAAUGUCACAGAAGCCAAAUACUGAGACUGAUGUAGACUCAGGGAUAAUCAGAACAGAGGUCACACCUGUUGUUGGUACAGAAGCGCAGCCAGAAGCGGUUGCUGAGGAGCCGGCCAGUGGUACACUUUUGGAAAAUGCAGCCCUCUUAUUAUCUUCACUCAUAUUUUAUUUAACCAAGAUGUUAGUUGCUAAGUUGCCUGAUGGUGUUCAGCCUGGCCCUGACUUUUAUGGACUGCCGUGGGAACCUGUACUUAUGACUGUCUUCUUAGGAAUUGUUUCAUUUUCUGUUUUCUUCUGGAGAUCUGUUCUUGUGGUGAAGAGUAGAGUAUAUCAAGUCACUGAAAAGCAGAUAGCUGAGAAGGUGAAGAAUAUCAUGAAGGAAAAUGCAGAACUUGUACAAAAGUUGUCAGAUUAUGAACAGAAGAUCAAGGAAUCAAAGAUACAUGUCCAGGAAACCAAGAAACAAAAUACUAUUCUGUCAGAUGAAUCAGUUAAAUUUAAGGAUAAAAUCAAGAGACUUGAGGAAAGUAAAGAAGUUCUGGAUGAUACAGCUAAAAAUCUGCUUAUUAUGUUAGAAUCUGAGAGAGAACAAAAUGCAAAGAAUAAGGACGUGAUCCUGGAAAACAAGAAAGCUAUAGAGAUGUUAAAGGAUAUUAUUUCAAUGAAUGCUUCGGAAUUGUCAGAGGUUCAAAUUGCUCUUAAUGAGGCUAAACUAAGUGAAGAGAAGGUGAAAUCUGAAUGCCACCGAGUUCAAGAAGAAAAUGCUAAGCUUAAAAAGAAAAAAGAGCAGUUGCAGCAGGAAGUAAAAGACUGGAGUAAAUCUCAUUCUGAACUCUGUGAGCAAAUCAAAUCAUUUGAGAAAUCUCAGAAAGAUUGGGAAGUAACUCUGACUCACAAAGAUGAUAAUAUUAAUGCUUUGACUAAUUGCAUUACACAGUUGUAUCGGUUAGAUUGUGAAUCUGAACCUGAAGGUCAAGCUACAGGAGAAAAUGACUUAGCUGAAUUAGCAAAUGGAGAAGUGGCAGGGGACUCGAGUGAGAAGGUGAAAGCCCAGAUCAAGCAUCUGAUGGAUGUUUCUCGGACACAAACUGCUAUGUCAGUAGUUGAAGAGGAUCUAAAACUUUUACAAAGUAAACUAAGAGCCUCGAUGUCCACUAAAUGUAACCUAGAAGAUGAAAUAAAGAAAUUGGAAGGUGAUUGCAGCUCUCUGCUGUCUACUAAAACUCUACUGGAGGAUGAAUGCAAAACCCUGAGGCAGAAAGUGGAGAUUCUGAAUGAACUCUACCAGCAGAAGGAGAUGGCACUGCAAAAGAAGUUGAGUCAAGAAGAGUAUGAACGCCGAGAGAGAGAGCAACAAUUGUCAGCUGCAGAUGAAAGGGCAGUUUUGGCUGCAGAAGAAGUAAAAACUUACAAGCGGAGAAUUGAAGAAAUGGAGGAAGAAUUACAUAAAACAGAGCGCUCAUUUAAAAACCAGAUAGCUACUCAUGAGAAGAAAGCACAUGAUAACUGGCUCAAAGCUCGUGCUGCAGAGAGAGCUAUGGCUGAAGAGAAAAGAGAAGCCGCUAACUUGAGACACAAAUUACUGGAAAUAACCCAAAAGAUGGCAGUUUUGCAAGAGGAACCUGUGAUUGUAAAACCUAUGCCAGGAAGGCCCAUUAUGCAGAACCCACCUCGAAGAGGUCCUUUCAACCAUAACGGCUCUUUUGGCCCCUCUCCCGUGAGCGGGGGGGAGUGCUCCCCUCCACUGGCAGCUGACUUGCCUGCUAGACCACCGUCUGCUACACUUGGCCCACGGGAGGUGCCUCCAGGUGAAUUUGAUCCGGCGUCCGUCACAGCUCCCAUGAUGAACAGCAACUCAAGAGGCUCUUCACCUAAUAAGGUGCUGGAUGAGGGCAAGGUUAAUGUGGCUGCAAGAGGCCCUCCAUCUUUCCCAGGGGUGGGACCCUUCAUGAGCUCCCCACUACCACCUAUUCGAUAUGGACCACCGCCUGCAUUCUGUGGGCCUUUUGGACCACGACCAAUUCCUCCACCAUUUGGUCCUGGUUUGCGUCCACCUCUAGGCCCAAGGGAAUAUGGACCAGGCAUUCCACCAGGAAAGCUGCCUUUCGAUUCACGAGAGUUUGUACCAGGACACCCACCUGUUAAACCUUUGGGUCCUCUUGGCCCAAGAGAAUAUUUCAUUCCUGGUCCCCGAGUACCAUGUCCAGCCCAAGGGCCCCAGGAUUAUCCACCUCCAUGUGCUGCAAGAGACUUCUUGCCUUCUGGCUCUAGAGACCAGCCCCCUCCUGCCUCCCAGAGCAGUACUCAGGACUGUUCAUUGGCUUUUGAAGAGGGAAAUUUAGUCUAAGAAGAAAGCAGACUGUACUGUCCAUCACAGUCAAAGAUUUCAUUGGCUUUAAAGUCCAAAAAUUUCUUUUAAAAGUUUUUUAGACAUAAGCUGCCCUGGCAGCCAGUAUACAUUUUUGAGCCAAACAAUUAAAAAAUAUUAUUUCCUCCCCAAAUAAAAGUCACCUCAUAAGCUAGAUCCUCCUUAAACUUUAAAAUGUGCAAUAAAGAAUACCUGUGUUUUAGUUGAUGUA